AAACAGCAUUCCUCCGACGUCACUUCCUUUCACGUUUUCCGCUGCGCCACAACAGUCGGGCUGCGGCGUGAGCCGCCGACAUGCGUAUCGAGAAGUGUUAUUUCUGCUCGGCGCCCAUCUACCCGGGCCACGGCAUGAUGUUUGUUAGGAAUGACUGUAAGGUAUUUAGAUUCUGCCGGUCAAAAUGCCACAAAAACUUCAAGAAGAAGCGAAAUCCCAGAAAGAUCAGGUGGACAAAAGCCUUCAGAAAGGCAGCUGGUAAAGAGUUGACAGUGGACAAUUCAUUUGAAUUUGAAAAAAGAAGAAGCGAACCUGUCAAGUACCAGAGGGAGUUGUGGAGCAAGACUGUUGAGGCAAUGAAGAAGGUGGAAGAGAUCAAGCGUAAGCGGCAGACGCAGUUUAUCAUGAACAGAUUGAAAAAGGGCAAAGAAUUACAGAAGGCCCAGGAUAUCAAAGAAGUCAAACAAAACAUACAUUUUAUCCAAACACAAAUUUUAGGAAAAGCCAAAAAAUUGGAAGACAAAAUGGUUCAGAAAUUACAAGAGGAUGUGGAUAUGGAAGAUUCAUUAUAGAAGUGGAAACAAUCUUUAUAUUGUUAAUGCAGUGUGCUUCUAUAUGGAAACCUUUUGUACAGCAUUUCAGAACACAAUCCCAACUGCAUUUCGAAGAAAGACUGUGUUAAUUUGGUCUGAGAAAUAAUAAAAUUUUAUCUACUA